AUGCGUGCCACCAUGUCUCUCUUCCGAUCUCCCUCCAUCCGCUUCAUUGGAAAGCGUUCCAUUCCCAAGUCCGUGGACCACUCCCCCCGCGUUCACCCUGCUUCUCCUGAGACCAGUCUCCCCGAUUCCUUUGCUUCCUACCGCGCGAAGGCCCAGCAGCACGGCCCUCUGGGUCGCGCCCAGUUCACCAGCGGUGGCCUCGGUGGCCGCGCGGGUGCCUCGCUCGGCCCCAUCCGCCCCAGCGAGGGACAGUUCUUCGACCGCGCUGAGCUGCCUACUCGCUUCGGCCGUCUCCCCUGGAGCCAGGCUGAGAUCGAGGCCAUUGAGACCGGCGGUGCCAGCAUGUACGCGUAA